UGCGGCUGAAGCGAUGGCCCGGGUCUGGACCCCGCGGCCGCCGCCGCCGCUACCAGCGCGUUGGGAGCAGCCGCGGCUGGAGCCGGAGCGGGGGCCAGAGUCGCGGCUGGAGUGGGGGCGGCGCAUGUGAGUUUUGCUGAGAGUUGCCCGCGCUGGAACACCUCAAACUCUAGGCGGGAGCGCUUUAGGUGGGCCGGGCCGCUGUCGCCUUCAGCACCGCGCUCCUCAGGCCCAGACAGCCAGGCUAGGGGCUGCCUGAGCUUAGGACUGGCUCUUCUCGGGACGAGCCAGGGCACAGGCCAGAAGACGGCGAUCAUCCCACACCCCAGCCGGCUUCCUGGCCUUUUCUCGGCGUCCACGCAGUGCCGGGCUGUCGCGGGUGGGAUCCCCCUUCUGCGGUCGCCUCCCCAGCCAGAAAAGGACUAGCAGGUCCCCACGUUCUUGCUCUGCAUCCCCUGCUCAUCUCAUUCGAGAAUAAGUUUCUUUUCUCUCUCUUUUGGAAAUCCUGUCCCGGAAGUACAAAACAUCUAUUCUGUGCCCUUCUCCAGUUCCUGGAGCACCUUUAGAAAUACUGCGUAUUAUCAGGGCUGAGAAGCUGUCGUUCUUGACUUGGCGUUUUUUCUCCAUUGGGAGUCAAAGGUUACCCCCAUUUUCCAACCUCUCAACUGACACUUUAUGCCUAGGGCCUUAUCCAUUUGGAUCACCAGCUCCCUAGCCAUCUCUAUGUGACUCCCCCCUACCCAACUGAGUUCCAGUUUCCUUUGAGCUCCAAUCUCCAGUUCCCAGUGGAUCUGGUCAGUCCCACCCCUUGGUGGGAGUGACCAGGGGGCUCUGGCCCGGGAUUCCCCACCCUGGAAGGCAGCUCCAAAACAGGAAGAGAAUUGGGCGUCGGGUACCAACCUGGCUGCUCAGGAGUGGGCGCUCCACUCACCCCACACAAGAAGAUGAAAAAGCGCAAAGAACUCAAUGCGUUGAUCGGCUUGGCGGGGGACAGCCGGAGAAAGAAGCCCAAGAAAGGUUCAAGCAGCCACCGCCUACUUCGCACGGAGCCUCCUGACUCAGACUCUGAGUCUACCUCCGAGGAGGAAGAGGAAUUCGGUGUGGCUGGGAAUCGCUCUCGCUUUAUCAAGGGAGACUAUUUACGAUGCUGCAAGAUCUGUUAUCCCCUCUGUGGUUUUGUCAUCCUUGCUGCCUGUGUUGUAGCCUGCGUUGGGUUGGUGUGGAUGCAAGUUGCUCUCAAGGAGGAUUUGGAUGCCCUCAAGGAAAAAUUUAGAACAAUGGAAUCUAAUCAGAAAAGUUCAUUCCAAGAAAUCCCCAAACUUAAUGAAGAACUACUCAGCAAACAAAGACAACUUGAAGAGAUUGAAUCUGGAGAUCUGGGUUUGAAUACAGUCUGGAUAAACGUCACAGAAAUGAAUAAGCAGAUUUCUCUGUUGACUUCUGCAGUAAACCGCCUCAAAGCCAACGUUAAGUCAGCUGGAGACUUAAUCAGCCUGCCUGCCACUGUAGAGGGACUUCAGAAGAGUGUAGCUUCCAUUGGCAAUACUUUAAACAGUGUCCAUCUUGCUGUGGAGGCAGUACAGAAAACUGUGGAUGAACAUAAGAAAACCUUGGAAUUACUACAGAGUGAUAUGGAUCAGCACUUGUUGGGGGAGACUGAUGAUGACACCCAAAUCAUUCUAUCACCUUCAGCCACAUCAGAACUUGACAAUAAAACCCACACUGAGAAUUUGAAAGAGGAUAUCCUGUACCUACACAACUCUUUAGAGGAGGUAAACAGUGCCCUAGUGGGGUACGAGAGACAGAAUGAUCUUAAAUUCGAAGGGAUGAAUGAGACAGUCAGUAAUCUUGCCCAAAGAGUCAACCUAAUAGAAAGCAAUGUGGUUGCUAUGAGCAAUUUAGAAAAGAAAGACCUGUCCUCCAGCAUGAUGGGUGACAGAGCUGCCACUCUGAAAAGAGAGUCUUUGGAUCAAGUGACCAAUAAUACAGAUACAGUAAAAAUCCAAAGCAUAAAGAAAGAAGAUAGUUCAAAUUCUCAGGUAUCCAAGCUAAGAGAGAAACUACAGCUGAUCAGUGCUCUCACAAACAAACCUGAGAGCAACAGGCCUCCAGAGACCGCCAGUGAAGACCAAGUACAGAGUUUCACAUCAAAGCCAUCAGCAUUGCCAAAAUUUUCAAAGUCUCCUGGAGGCCCUGUCAAGAAAGCUGCCCAACUAAGACCUGUCUCUCUACCAGGAAUUUCUAGCAUUAAAGAUCUUCAGGAUUUAUUCCUCAAGACUGGCCAGGACGUGGAUGGGAAGCUGACCUACCAGGAAAUCUGGAACUCACUAGGUUCUGCCAUGCCAGGACCAGAGAGCUUGAAAAUAUUUGAUUCCGAUGGAGAUGGAAGAUACUCAUUCCUGGAGCUAAGAGUAGCUUUAGGUGUCUAGCCUCAUCAGGCAUAUUUUAGAAAUGGCUGUAUACCCAGGACUGCCUAAUAACUACUGACCUAACAAAAACAGCCCUUACCCAUCAGUCCUCUAGUCCUCCUAACUAUUGUAGCAGACACAUUGCCACCUUUUAAUUAUUUGAAGAAGCUGUAUAAAAGUUAUUUUUUUAAGAAAGAAGACCAUUUUACUUAUAAUAAAUAUGAUGUUCAGAAAUUAAUGAUUUCCUGGCACCAGUAAGAUCUUACAUUUUUAAAUUGACAGAAAAAAAAAUAAAGCCCUCUCUUUUUCCUUUCCUUUUUUUGAGGGGAGGAGAUCUUAUCUUUAAACGUGGGUAAUGUGUAUAUAGAGAGAAUAAGCCACCUUUUAUAUUUCACAUAAAUUUGCCUUAAAUUAGCUGCACUUUACAGAGACUCAGAAAAUGUCUUUUCUUUAAAAGAUAGGCCUUUUCUGUUUGUAAAUAUUUAAAAAGAAAGGGUUGUGCAUAUAGUGUGGAAAGUUGGAAGAAUGGCUUCGAACAAGACAUGAACAAAUGACUUGUUAUUAAAAAUUGCUAAUCUAAUCUGGGUAGCAGUUGAAACUGUGUCCACAUCUCCUUAAGGCAUCCUCAAAGGCCCAGAUGCUGCAAUGGGGUUUGGCCUGGUGGCUGGGGGAAUAGAUUCAGGGAGUAAACACUGAAAACAGUGCUGACCCCAGGCUCAGGAAAGUAGGAUUCUGGUCCUUUGUUCCUAUUCCCUCACACAAUCCCAGCCUGGGAAUCAGAAAUCUUAUUGGGCAUUUUUCUCAAUUGUAAUGCUAUUUCAGGGUUUAUGAGCCUAAAACCUUAUCCAUUUUCCCUCCUAGGUAAGCUAGCUUGUCUUCCCCCACCCACCCACCCACUCAAGUUUAUCUUAAAGUUAUAGCUGGCUUCCAUCUCCAGUUCCAUUUUCAUUCUGAAUGGCAGGGCUAACGUCCCUGGGUCACUGUCUCAGAUCGACCAUCCCAGAGCUUUAGAGGAGAGUUAUGCCUCUAAUUUUGACCCAGGAAACCAUACCCCAUGAGAUUUUACCUGGCAGCUAAUGAAGAACCUGGUAUGAUUCUCUAUGGGAAGAAUAAGGCUAAAAAGGUUCUAAAAUGAAACAUGAAAUCCUAUUCAAUAUCCUUACAAUUAGGCUUUCUGUCCAGAGGAUGCCCAGCUAUGGUGGGGCAGGACUGAAGCCAGGGACUUCGUAUGAUGGUAACAAGUUUUUACAAAUCUAGUACAAACAAGUGCAAUGCUCCCUUUUAGUACUUCUGUAGACCUGGCACAAAAGGGCUGGAAGGAUAAUACCUCCAUGUCCUCUGUGUGUUGAGUCUAGACUUUGUGUUGCUACUAGAAGCAGUCUUUGAACAACACAAAAGGAAAAAAUUAUGUAAUAACCUUGCUUUAGGCCAAGUCAGGGAGAAACUAGAGAGGAUUUCAUGGCAUAGACUUCUUUAGUAGAGAUCAUUUCCUUUUUGACUUUGUCCAAGUUGCCCUGUCAGCCUUGAAUACAGUCUAGUACCCUUAAAUAUUUAAGGGCUGCUUAUUUUCUUUAUGAUGUUCAUUUUGGUGUUGACUAAUUUUUUUGGGGGGGGAACUAUUAAAAUUUAGUUAAAGCAAGAUGGGUCUUUUCCCGUGAAUGUGUCUGCUUAUCUCAUAACGGUUUAUGAUUCUCCUUUUUAUUUUUCCUUAACAUUUCCCUUGUUCAUCUCUAUUUCACUUUCUUGGAAAGGUUAAAGUGUGGAUAGAAUUAGCCUGACACUUUAGAUAACUUGAAAAUAACUCUUACUCUUCUGGCUGCCUUCCGUGCCCCCCCACCUCGCCUUUUUUUUAAUAUAUAUGUCCUUACAGACUUUAUAACAACCAAAUAAAAUACUAGCAAUAAAUUGAAUUAUACUGCUGUAUUUGUAUAUACUGUACCAUAAAUAGUAUGUCUACCUGGAAGGUAUUUUUUUCAAGAGCUGAUUUAUAUGAAAUAUACUUGAGGGUAAUGUAGCUUGUCCUUUUUAGUUUCAAAUUCUUAUUCAUAGGCAGAUACUUUGAAGACACUUUUAACUCUUUGUUGUAUGUACCUUUCUUUUGCAUCAAAUAGUAGAGGGAGAAGUCCAUUUUGUUUUUAGUUUAUCUUCUGUUCUUCUACCUCGCUAAGGCUUGUGUGACUAGCAUCAUCCCUGAGCCAGCGUGUAGUACCCACCAUCUUCUUCUCCUGCCAAGUUUGGCAGAGGUGGUUAGGCUGUGCUAUGGGAACUAUAAAUACCUUUGUCAUUCUGCCUGAGAAAGUACCGGAUCUUCCAGGCAGAAGCAGGGUAUCCUGAACUUCUUUGCUCUAAUUUAAAUAGAUUCACUGGCUUAAGAAAAGAGCCCCAGAAGCCUAUAUGUUGUUAAUUUGGGAUUUUUAUUUGUCUUAACUUACCCAGCCUGUGACUUGGGUUCACCUGUAGUCAGCUCCAAGAGGAAGACUGGGUAGUGGUGGUGAAAUUGGCUUUGGUUUUAAAUCCUUUUACCUUUUUAGUCUGGCAGCUUCUACUGCUGCUUUACAAAGUUACCCAAAACACUGCUUCUUGGUCCUUUUUUUCUUUUGCCUUGUACUCACUGAUAGGUUUACUAAAAGAGCCUCCUCAUAAAACAGAGAGGCAAAAAGGUAGUAUAGAAAGAGAAGAGCCAAAAGAAGAGAAUACCUGACUUGGAGAUGACUACAGUAUCAUUCAAAGGGCAGGGGGGUGCCUGCUACUCAGGAAUGUGUCUGAUGCAACAAAGUUGAAAAGUAGACCCCCUUCACCUGCUGCUGGCCAUUCUCCCUUCCACUGGAGUUUCUUUUCUUUAUGGUUGCUAUACAUAACUCCUGCAGCCCCCCUCACUGGUCCCACUGGUCACAGUUGAAGAUUUUGACUAUGAUGGGCUCAUACUUAUAAUGGCCUGUUGAGUUGUUUUUAGUGUCAGGUGUUGUUUGCUACACAGCUCAUUGGCUUGCUUACCAACACCAGCUAGAUGUGGUCUCUUCUUUUACAUCCAAACCAGAACACGUUUGGGUAUUCCUAAGACUUUAUAGAGCGUGUAUUGUUUGUUAUACGAACCUAACCUACCUUGUUGUUUUCUCAUAUUAAGAAAUGUAAAUCUACUUUGUUUUGGUGGAGCUAUUUUGGUAAUGUAUAAGCAAUUUUUGUUCUGUUUGGAGAGUGAAUUCAGGGUUUCUAUGACUUGAUUUGAGCUUUGCUUAUUUCAUAUCAGUAAUAUAGCCAUUUUAAUUUAUCUAAAUAAAACAUUUCCUUUUUCUCUCA